AAUUCGCGAUCCGCGAAGUUCAAAAUCCAAAUUCUUUUCAACGAUUAAAAAUCGAUAGUACCUAAAUGAGAUUAGGUUAAGGGAUUAUUUUGGUAAGUAAUUAUGCCCACGCAACUUUGCCAGAAAAAACCAUUUGAUCCCAUCCAUGCUGAAAUCAAUCUUUAUGAAAAUACUUUAAAUUUUGAACUUCGCGGGUUGCUAAUUAAUAUAUAACAGACAGUCAUUUAAUACACAUACACCGUGCAUUGGCUGCAGACCGCCAAGUUGGAUUUUCCACGGAUUUCGCUCAUGUGAUGAUCUGAUUGCGGUUAUAUCAGCCUUAGUAUAGGUAUGGACUAACGCAUUGACACGUUGAGAUUGUAAAUAGUACUAAUGACGACUUCAAAAGAUCUAAAUGUGGCAAGAAAAACGCUUGUCGCUUCACUCGGUGAAAAUACCAAAUUUUAUUUCGAAAAAAUGAAGCUGUGGUUUCAAAUGAAAACAACGAAAGAAGAAUUUGAUAAGGCAGCCAGAAGUGUAAUGACUGAGGAUCAAGUACACUUGCAUAAUGACUUUCUUUUGUGUUUGUUCAAUAAAGUAAGAGGCCUCGGUGCUGCAGCUCCACUGAGAAUGAGCAAACUCAAUAGUACUCAGAGUAAUUCACAAAACUCAAAGGAUAAAAGGCUGCGAUUAAAAAGAAAAUACAAGUCAGACAAAACUAACUUUGAACCAGCAGAUGUGUAUGCAGAAGUUUUAAGUCGAGCUUCUUCUCUGGGAGGUGAUGAACCCACUGGUGCUAAUCGUUCUAGUGCACAAGAAUUAGUGCUACCAGAUAGAACUUUUGUGUUGGCUAGAUUGAUGUUAGCUGCUUGGGAGAAUAACAUGGAUGGUGCCGAAGAUAACACUGCACACAUUAUCAUAGCUGCAACUCAAAUUUUUUUGAAAAAUAUUCUUACAGCUAUGCUUACCCGUAGAAAAGGUUUCAGUGUUCGUGAUGAGUCUUUUAUUUACAACAUUGGGGAAGCUGUACCAAGUUCAUGGAAGAGGAAUACAUCAUUUAUAAUUAAAGAAGCUAGAUAUACAUAUCCAACAGUCAUUGCAGAACCUGCUGGCCAAAUGCCAUGUCCUAGACGAUGUAUAGAAGAUGCUGAACAAGCAACAGCUUUUGCUUUGGCUUGUUCUACGCAAACUUUAGUUCCAGUUUCUUCUGCUGUUAGCAUAGCUGAUUUACAACAAACUUUACGUAUAUACAAAAAUCUUGUGAAUAAUCAUACAAUAUAUGCUACAAAUCAGGAACGACUGUUUACCUAUAAUACACAUCCUUCAAGAGAAGAAAUAGAGGCGCAAAAAAUGUUAAUGUAAUUAAGGGGGCUCUUGUAAAUUGAAUGCGUUAGUUUAAUGUAAAGAUUAAAACCAUCAAAGUAUUGUAUUUUUAUUUAA